GCAUAGCGCGUGCGCGGCAGGGCCUUGUAGUGCGCGGGGCGGAGCGAUUGCAGGUGUGAGGGCUGGUGGCGGCCCCUGGGUUCACGAUUUCUCUAGGGAGAGAGAAAAUGAGUAAGAGGAAGAAGCUUCGGACUUCAGGAAGGGAAGGACUCCAUCUUCGGAAACUUCCAAAGAACCCAAGGAUAGAAGACUCUGACGGGGCCACCAGCCAGAGCUCCCUGUUAGACUGUUUGCAUCACCCUGAAGAAUCAGAAGGUGGAUCAGGACUCACUCCUUCUGCAGAGCAGAGUGGGGAGGAACCAGGACAGGCAGCCUCCAGCUGUCCUGAUAAUGAAGCAGACGCUCCUUCCAGGCUCCUUGGGCAGCCAGAGAAGGAGCCAGUUCCCCUUCCUCCUUCCCAGAACUCAGUGGGGAAGUUCGUCCCUCAGUUUGCAAAACCCAGGAAGACAGUGACGAGACAAGCAGAGAGGAGGGAAGAACGCCUCGGGAUGGGGGUGUUCAGCUCGGGAACACUGCCAGAACCCAGUGCACAGCAGACCAGGAGCCAGCCUCGCGAAGAGUCCCCAGGACUUGCCCCUCAGGAGGCCAGGGACCUAGGACACCAGACCCAGGCAGAUGGCACCUGCACCAAGCCCAGUGGCCUAAGCCCCAUGACCCCUGGGCCCAGUGAUGCGGAUCCUCAGCCCUCUGUCUCCACCAACACCUCCCCAGAGUCGGGGACGGUGCCCUCGGCCUCAGAGAGGGCUGGCCAGGACUGCCUGUCAGAGCCUGGGACCAAUGUGCCCAAGGGUGGAAGCACGGAGGAGGGUUGGGCUCCAGGCAAUCACGGCCAAAAAGGGCCCCUGCCAGGCAGUGACACUGGAGAGACGGAGCCAGAGCAAGGAGCCCCCCAGCAGAGAGGUGCCCGAGCGCUAGCAGGUGCUGACCUACUUGAGAGGCUCCGGGAAGAAGGAGGUAGCCUCCUGGGCCCAGAGCCCCCAUCUGCAGCCCUGGGCCCUCCUCGCUCCCUGCAAACCCUUGGCAGGGAAGCAGAGUGGAGCUGGAGCUGCCCUCGGUGCCCGCCACUUGGGGCUAUUGUUAUCACAGAUGUGAACACAGACCCCGCUGAGCCAGAACACAAGGCUCUGAGGGUGGCCGUGCCAGACAGGGAGGUCAGCGCCAGGGUGCCUGCCUCUCCCAGUGGGAAGGCUCCCAACGCAGGCCGCAGCAGGGCCCUGCUCAGCUGCGCACCUCUCACUGGGGUGACCAGUGGAGGCAGAGGGGAGGCACAACGGGAAGAUGAGCCCCCUGGUGACAUCCUGGGGUGCUUUGCAGCCUCCCUGCCUCUGCCCCAUGAGACCCAAGAACCCACACUAGUAGCUGGGGAUCCCAGCCUUUCAGCCUUAGAAAUGGGCCCAGAUGUUGGUCAGACCCAGGUGCCAGGCCCGGAUCAGGAAGGGUUGGGAGGUAUGUGCUCGCAGCCUCGGCUGUCACAACCUGCAGGUGAAAAGGCAGCUGAGCUAGGGAGCCCGAGCCUCAAGCAAGACCUCCAGGGGCUCAGUUUGUCCCUCAGAGCCUCUGCUGCACCGAUGUACCAAGAAGCAGCGGGCGGCCCUCCCCAGGAUGCUGGGGCAGGCCGGGGCAGUCCAGACACCCCCACAGGCCCCGUAGGCCAGCCUUGGCGCCCCGCUGACUCUUCCAAGCAGGCCAUCUGGGAGGGGUCACCAGCCAUGGAACUCGACUUCCUGCCAGACAGCCAAAUACAGGAUGCCCUGGAAGCCCCUGGCUUUGAAGCCCCACCUGAGCAGUUUGGCUGUGCCGGAUCUUGGUUGCGCCAUGCAGAAUCUAGUUCCCUGACCAGGGAUCGAACCCGGGACCCCCUGCAUUGGGAGCAAAAAGUCUUAACCUCUGGACCACCAGGGAAGUCCCUGAAUUGUACUUUAAGUCAUAGAGUUGCCUCCGUGAGAGUCGGCCGGGCGCAUGGGAGAAACCACUGCCUAGAACAGUCAUGCCAACCUUGGCACUGCUGGCUUUGGGGGCCUGGCUGCCGUCCUGUACAUGGAAGGGGGCUGAACAGCAUCCCUGGCCUCCAGCCCCCACCCUCUGAACACAAGGAGCACCCUCUUCCAAAGGCGUGACAACCCAAAAUGUUUGCAGACACUUAUGAUGUGUCUUGGCGAUGGAGUCAUCCCUGAGUGAAAGCCGCUGAGCUGCAGACAGUUCUUCAUGUCCAUUCCUUUGUAUCCCGGGACCCUUGGCAGGUUGAGCUCAAGCCCUUCACCGCAUCCCCCACCCAGGACUUGGGUCUCCUCAGAAUAGACAGCCCUGGGCCAGCCGCUGCAAAGAGGCAAAGAGCCGUCACCUGCGCCACUGAGCCUGACAUUUUCCAUGAAAAUUAAACCACCGUUGACCUUUAGAAAUUUAAGCUUCUCAGGGUUAUCUGGCUCUCCCUCCCGCAUUAAUUAUGAAUGUUCCCUUCAAAAUAUAUUUGCAAAAUCUUUUCCUUGACAUGAAACUUGGGGCUUAUCUGGCCGACCUCUGCCCCUCCAUGCCAGCCGCCUACCUCACCACAGUCAGCACCCCCAGGGUCUUCUCUGACCCCUCCUAGAUACUGCAGGACAGGCCUGAGACCACACCAGGCCUCAGCUGUCAGGGACAGAGAAUAUGGGAUGGAACUACCCGCCGGUGGAUCAGAUCAGCUUGUCCGAAGGCUGGGGCCCAGGAGAGGUCCCUGGGGUCAGGCCCAGUAUUGAGGGGGCGGUGAGAGCAGCCGGACUGGUGGCCUGCAGGUCUGGCUGUUAUGGCGUCUGUCCCCCACACCACUUUUCUUCUGCAGGAGGAAAGCACGCCUCGGCCUUCAGAGCGUGGCGGAGGAGAAGCCAGACCUGUGUGGCCCCUCUCCCUUCUCCCAACCGGGUCACUCACAUGUGCGCACACUCUCCUUUUCCAGUUGUUUCCUGUGGGAGGUGAGCUGGACCCCUGCUGGCCUGGCACCGGCCCGCGUGCAGACAGAGGCCCCUGUGCUGAGGCCCAG